AUGACAACCCCUCAAUCGAUCCCCUUGAAAAAUCUAAGCCGAUCACUGUGUUCCGGUGAGACAGGUACUUCAAAGAAGAGACGUUACCAAGCGACAAACUCUAUCAUCGAUUUAAAACCUAUUUACACCGAAAUUGAAGAUUCGUGUCAAGAUAUCAAAGCAUCUCUACACCGAGCCAAGCUUACUACAGACGUGUCAAAACAACAUAAAGGCGUCUCAACAGAAAAUACAAAAUAUUUCGAUAGAAAACCCGAGACAACCGAAACCCAAUCGCCUCCAGGGUUUGCGGGCCUUUUAGUCCCGAAUAUCAACAUUACACGGGUAUCACAGAAUGAUGGAAAUAGAUACUCGACAGAAUAUUCAAGCCAGUCAUCUCCUUACGGCGAUGUUAAGGAAGAUUCUACACUUUUAAAUGCCGCACAAGAGUCUGAUCUAGUACUUCUGAUAGACCAAGGCUCAAUCCAACCAAUCAGCGGUGCCGAAAUGCAUUCCAAUAAACAAGAAAAAGAUAAUAAAUUGCGGUUAAGUUUUCAAGAUGGCAAUCCAGAAGUUCUCGGGGCGCAGUGUAAAUCAAAAAACACAGGGAAUGAACUACGAGAUACGGAAGCUGGGCUACGACCCAAUCUCCCUGCAAGGUCGGCCAGCUCUAGGAUUUACGGAAUAAGGUCGAGGUCUCCCACAAAUGCUACAGGAGCUCUUUCUAGAGCUGGGUCGAUAGUAAGAGCUAUGUCACAGCGUGUUGUUAAUAUCAGUGGCGAAGUUGAAGUAAUUGAAGCAACUGCUCGCAGAGAAGCAUCCAAAGAGGAAAAUGAGGGAGCUAUCCUAACUACUGAAACUCGAACCAAUAGAUGUGGAGAUGCAGAAUCUCAGUCUACAAACUGUCUCCAAGAGGAUCAUUUGGCUAUUGGCUCUAAUAUUGCAACAAGCUCAUCAAUCGUGGCUGCCGAAAAAAUAACAAGCCACUGUGAUGUCUCGCGGCCAGAGAAUGACCAGAACCAGAUUGAAAGCAGUCCAAAUCCCUUGAGAGGAAAAAGCUUAGGAAUAUUUUCACCGGAUAGUCUAAUACGCAACAAGUUGUGCGAUUUGUUGGUCUAUCCACUGACUGAGCCCGUUAUCUUGAUCCUUAUCAUUGUACAAACUGUUCUGCUGACGUUUGAGUCAUCUCAAGAUGUAUAUAAACAUCCUCGACAAAAAGACCAUGGGAUAAGCCUUAUCGUAGACUACGCACUUACUGCACUUUUUACAAUAUUUACCUUUGAACUGGCAGCUCGUAUAAUAGUCUCUGGCUUUAUUGUAAACUCUCCAGAGCACAGCACCCGAAUACAUCAUAAAUCAGUUAAACAAGAAAUGUUACACAGGUACCGACAAGUAUUUAAACCUCACAGAAGUGUGUCAGUCAGAAAGAAUAUUCCUAAACUUGGAGGACAAACAGUAAUUAACUCUUUUACUUAUAUUCAAGGUGACUCUGUUAGAACGGUAGAGCAGGCACAACGCCAACAGUUAGCGAGGCGCGCUUUCUUACGGCAUUCGUUCAACAGGCUAGACUUCGUCGCUGUCUGCUCAUUUUGGAUAUCCAUGGUGUUAAAUAUAUCUGGCGUUGAAGAUGAAUUCCAUUUAUACAUUUUUCGAAUGUUAAGCUGUCUAAGAAUUCUACGUCUCCUGGCGCUGACCAACGGUACAGCUAUUAUUUUAAGAAGUUUAAAAAAAGCAGCACCGCUCCUUGUGAGUGUAUCAUUUUUAAUUAGUUUUUUCUGGCUUCUCUUUGCAAUUAUUGGGGUUCAGAGUUUUAAAUCUAGCCUAGAUCGUCAAUGUGUGUGGGUCGAUCAAGCUGACCCUACCAAUUCCACUGGGUCAGCAUAUAUAAAUAAAUUUCAGUUCUGUGGAGGUCAACUUAACAUAAAUACCGGCGCACGUGAGCCAUGGAUGGUCGGUACUCUAGAAAACCUUUCCUCAGCCUCUGAAUCUUCCAAAGGAUACCUGUGUCCACGAGGAUCUUACUGCCUGGAACUUCCGCCUGAAAAACUUCCCUACAAUGGUACAGUUAGUUUCGAUAAUAUUUUUCAGUCACUAGAGCUUGUAUUUGUAAUAAUGACUGCAAAUACUUUUACGGACAUUAUGUACUAUACCAUGGACUCAGACUACAUGGCUGCAGCCCUUUUUUUCGCUGGUGGAAUCGUGAUUAUGAUGCUAUGGCUUCUAAAUUUGCUCAUUGCGGUCAUUACGUCUUCAUUUCAGGUGAUAAGAGAAGAGGGUAAAUCAAGUGCAUUUGCUACUCAUGCUAGGCACUCACCAGCAAGUCCAAAAAACUCGACGCCUCGUCUAAACUCGAGUACGCUGAAGGAUUUGUACGAAAAAUCUCAUUGGCUUUGGAUCACAAUCAUAGCUUACGGCAUCUUAUGCCAAACAUUUAGGAGCUCCAGCAUGUCUAAUUCUCGAGCUAAAUUUAUUGACAUGUCUGAAGUAAUUGUCACUUUGCUUCUUACACUUGAGAUAAUUAUUCGCUUUUCUGUUGACUGGCGAGGGUUUCUUCUAAAAAGGAGAAACUGGGCUGAUCUUAGCAUCGCAAUCAUCACAGCAGUGAUUUUAAUACCACCUAUUCGUAACUCCGGUAGGCCUUUUGCAUGGCUAACAGCUUUUCAAAUUAUUAGGAUCUAUAGGGUCAUUAUAGCCGUACCUCUCACAAGAUCUUUGAUUAUCUUGGUACUAGGGCAUUCAAGUGGUAUCGGGAAUUUGAUACUUUUUGUUUUUCUCAUAACAUAUCUCAUGUCUAUACUCGCAGUACAACUCUUUCGUGGCGAGCUCCCGUCUGAAGAUGCAGCAGGGGAAGUAAUUCAGGUGACGUUUUCCACAAUUUGGAAUGCUUUUCUUGGGAUGUAUCAAGUUCUUUCCAGUGAGAACUGGACGGCACCACUUUACGAUCUCACUUCUUCUGGUGCUGCUCACAAGAUGUCCUGGAUUCCUGGUGUGUUCUUAAUAGGGUGGUAUAUUUUAGGCAACUUUAUUUUGGUGAAUAUGUUCAUAGCUGUCAUUCAAGAAAGCUUUGAUGUCUCUGAAGACGAAAAAAGAAUGCAUCAAGUUAAGGCUUUUCUUAAUCGGAAGGAGCUGGGUAGCUCCUGUAGUAAUCUUUCUUUAUCUGCAAUACUUCGGCUAGGACGUUCACGCUAUCGAAAGGACCCUUUAGAUCACGGUCCAGCAACUAUGGAGAUGCUUCUAAAAGAUGCAGUUGUCAGAGAUUUUCUUGAUGGCGAGAUAAACGAAAAUAGACCUCCUGCUGCACCGUCAAGGCCAUGCACAGAAACUACAGCUAAGUAUAAGAAGGCCAGGAUCUCGAUAUGGCAAAGACUUAAAACCCAGCUACAAAAUCGUGAACCUAAUCCAUUUUAUUCCAAUAUUCAAAUUUCUACUGGGGCCGAUGAAUUUAUAGACGCCAGAACCAUGGCAAAAGAGGCAGUAUCUGCUACGUCACAGCGUAAAAAAGCACAACGUGAAUAUCUUGCACGCCAUCCAAACUAUAAUACAGCUCUAUUUAUUUUUAAGCCCGACAAUAUUAUCCGUCGUCUCUGCCAAAGAAUUGUCGGGCCUGGACGUGGAAGCGAAAGAUUUGAUGGGGUCGAGCCAAACCGUGUGCUUUGGUACAGCUUUUCAGCUUUAAUUUAUGCAGCUAUUGUUGCAAUGGUCUUGCUUGCCUGUGUAAUAACACCACUGUAUCAAAGGGAGUACUUUUCUACCCACGAGUUUCGUGUACCAAAUUGGUUUAUCUGGAGUGAUAUGGCCUUUGCCGUUUUGUUUACCAUCGAGGCCCUUAUCAAAGUUAUUGCUGAUGGUUUUUUUUGGACACCCAAUGCUUACUUUCGAAGUUCAUGGGGACUUAUUGAUGCAUUUGUCUUAAUAACUUUUUGGAUCAAUGUCAUUACAUUGUUUUAUAACGAUGGUGCCGUCUCUAGAGCUGUUGGAGCUUUUAAAGCAUUAAGAGCCCUGAGGCUAUUGAAUGUAAGUGAUAGUGCUCGAGAUACUUUUCACUCUUUAAUUAUAAUCGGAGGAUGGAAAAUUCUAUCAGCAGCUUUCGUGUCCUUAUCGCUACUACUACCAUUCGCUAUAUAUGGGCUAAACCUUUUUAAUGGCCAAAUGCUUUCAUGCAAUGACUCUGAUCCAACAAGUAUUCAUUAUCUCACAGACUGUUUUGGUGAAUAUAAUUCCACACCCUUCAGUAGCGAAUGGCCUAUACUGGCCCCACGAGUUGUAUCUAAUCCAUUUUUUGAUUUUGAUAAUUUUGGAAGCUCGCUUUUUAUACUUUUCCAAAUUGUCUCUCAAGAAGGUUGGGUAGAUGUAAUGUGGGCAGCACAAUCUAUUGUUGGUCGGGGCCUUCAGCCACAGCCAUUUUCAUCGCAAGGAAAUGCCAUUUUCUUCGUCGUCUUUAACCUUCUUGCGACUGUUUUUGUUCUUACGCUCUUUAUAUCAGUUUUCAUGCGAAACUAUACAGAACAGACCGGUAUAGCCUUUCUAACCGCUGACCAAAGAUCUUGGAUGGAACUGAGGAAACUACUAAAGCAAGUUGCACCAUCUAAACGACCAUCAAUCAAUCGUUCAAAUAGCUUGAAAGCCUGGUGCAAUAAAGUUGCUAUUGAGAAACACGGCAAAUGGCACCGCUUUAUUACAAUUAUCCUUGUACUACACCUACUUCUUCUUCUCGUCGAAUACUAUCCUCAAUCCUCUUGGUGGGAACAUAUGCGUAAUUACAUGUUCUUCAUCUUUAUGCUGAUUUUUAUGACAAACACUACGAUUAGGAUAAUUGGCCUUGGUUGGACACAAUAUAGACGAAGCUCCUGGGAUAUGUUUUCGCUUUUUGCUGUACUUGGAUCCUUUGGCUCUACUAUACUUCUCUUGUUUCACCUUCAAGUCCGGGCAGUUAUACUUCUUCACAAACUAUUUCUAGUCAUGAUGGUCUUGCUUCUUAUCCCAAGAAAUGACGCCCUAGAUCAGCUAUUUAAAACAGCCGCUGCAUCUGUUGUCAAUAUCGGGAACCUUAUGGCGACAUGGUUUGUUCUAUUUCUUGUCUAUGCAAUCGCUAUGACACAGGCGUUUGGGCUAACAAGAUUUGGCCCAAAUGAAGAUAAUAACCAAAAUUUCAGGACAGUUCCCAAAGCUCUCAUUCUUCUCUUUCGUAUGUCUUGUGGAGAAGGUUGGAAUGUGGUAAUGGAGGACUAUGCUACUAUUCUACCCCCUCUAUGCGUAAGUGACUCGAGUUUCUUUAAUAGCGACUGUGGUAGCUCUCAAUGGUCUCGAGCUUUGUUUAUCUCUUGGAACAUCCUAAGCAUGUACAUCUUCACAAGCCUAUUUGUCUCUCUCAUCUACGAAAGCUUUAGUUAUGUUUAUCAAAACUCUGGUGGCUUAAAUAAGCUGAAUAGAGAGGAGCUUAGACACUUCAAGAAAGCAUGGGCAACAUUAGAUCCUAGUGGAAGUGGAUUUAUUACCAAAGAUCAAUUCCCACGCCUACUUAAAGAGCUCAGUGGUAUUUUGACUAUGAAAAUAUACCCGUCAGAACAUUCCGUCAGACAAAUACUUGAAGACAUUAAAGGGACAUCUGGAAAGAGUAUAGAAAUUGCGGCAUCCUCUCACCUCAAUACAGAUUUUAAUAUAAAUAAUCUGAACAUAAGGCUUGCUGAGAUUGACGUAGUUGCAAUAAGGCAAGCAAGACAUCAGUACAAGCUUUUUUAUGAAGAGGUCAUGAUCUCGGCAGAAAUCGACAAGGGAAUUUCGUUUACCAGUGUUCUGAUGAUAUUGGCACAUUAUAACGUAAUUUGUGAUAAUAAAAACCUAAGACUUGAAGAGUUCUUGCGACGUCGUGCCCGCUUACAAAGAGUAGAAGAGGAGGUUCGUCGACGGACAGUUCUCGGGUUUUUUGAUACAAUGUACUGGUCAAGAAGAUUUCGACAACACAUGGAGAAGAAAAGAUCUGUACCAUCAGUAGGAAUUCCCAAGCUUGGACCUGGAGUUUCCGUCGACGAAGGCACGACUAGAAUCCGACCAGUGAGCCGAACCGUGUCACCCAUACCCUCCUCUCUUUCUUUAUCUCAGAAAACGGCCGAUAUAAGCACUAAAUUCAAUGAAGAGCAUGAAGAACUAUCAAUAAACCAACAGGGCUCUACAUCGCCUAGCAGAGUAUCAGCGGCAUCUUCACCAGGACCAUCACCUCAACUUUGUCCCAGUCGUGCUCUAUCUAUCGCUUUGGCUUUGGACGGUGGAGAUCAACGUAGGAGUGGAAAUAGCAGCCGACGAGGGUCUAGUGUAAGCGUAGAAAACGUUCUUGAAGUUUUGGACGAGUCUGCGUGGGGCGAAAGUAUUCGACGCAGCUGCACAAUGCGACGACCAAGUAACGGGGGCGACUCAUAG